CGAAUACAAAAGCGGAAAUGCUGACAGCAAAAUACGGCCAACGCUGGAGUAUAAAUAGAUCUCGAUUUGACCCACAUAGCGAUUGUUUGGGCACAUGGGAAAGAGAAGAGUCAGAUGCUUAGACAGUGCCAAGACUCUUCAGACACUCCGCUCAAGGCUUUGACGAAUACGACAACCGACGUCCGACAUGGAGAUACGUGUAGCUGAUGAUGGUGGAGAUGAGAUGACGCUGCUCAGCUACAAUGGCCACAAGUAUUCGUUUUGGCCGGAAGCUCUCCAGUCCAACCCAUUGGAGAGAUUACCAUCUGUUGAAAUACGCCCUGAUGACAUUAUAAUAUGUGCUUUCCCUAAGUCAGGUACCCACUGGGUUUGGGAGAUGGUUCGCCUGCUGAUGGCAGGACAACUCGACCGUGAUGAAGUCAGCAAAGGGUCUAAUAUGAUGGAAUUUGCCAGUGAAGAAGAAUACAAAGAUCUCCCUUCUCCCAGAAUUCUUAACACUCACUUGUUGUUCAGCCAACUUCCAGAGCAGGUUAAAGUGAAGAAACCUAAGAUACUGUACUUAACUCGGAACCCCAAGGACAUGACUGUGUCUUUUUACAACUUUGUAAUGAAACUGCCUAUGUACUACAAAUACACAGGAGAGUGGAACAAUUUCGUCCGACCCUCACUGGAGGGGAAGUUUGACUACGGUUCCUGGUUCGACUAUGUGAAGGACUGGGAGGAGGUGAAAAAAACCACUGACGUCCCCAUCCUGACACUCAACUAUGAAGACAUGAAAGAGGAUGUAUUCCGCGAGAUGAAGAAAAUGCAAGACUUCCUUGGUGUCAAUAGAAGUGAUGAGUUUGUGAAGGAAGUGUGUGAUCACUGCAGCUUCACCUCCAUGAAGAAAGUCAAGGCAGACAUGGCAAACAUCGUGUACAGAAAGGGUGAGGUUGGGGACUGGAAGAACUGGUUCACUGUCGCUCAAAAUGAGUGGUUUGAUCAAAUCUACAAGGAGAAGAUGAAAGAUUGUCCUUUGGAGUUCAGAUAUACAUCGAAAUAAUGGUCCCAAGGGGUGGGUAGAGUUAGAGGAAAUAGCUAGAGUAGUAAGUAGAAAUGGCUAGAGUAAGCAGUGCCGGUGGAAUAAUUAGUAAUGAAGAUUGCAUGUUCGAUCCGCGGAAAUAUAUAGAAAACUUUUGAGAUUUGAUUUGCAUUACAUUGUGUUCCAAAGUGACAUAACUUUCAAGCGAAAAACAUUCAUACUUUACAGUAUAAAUGGAUAUAAAAGGUUGAACACGAACAUCAAAGUUGUAUUAAUAAAAUUCCAGGGAUAUUAUAAAAUCCCUGUUUAUGAGAAUUAACCCCACUGGCGAAGAAUUGGAUGACGUCACUGGAGAUUUAUAAAAGCGUUUGCAGUGAGAUGGUAGGGCGGGUGGCUUACUGGGAGAGUGGUUUGAGUGCGUGGAGGGGUUGGAUAGAGUAAAAUGGAUGGUAUAGGUGUAGAGUCGUAAGAACAGCGGAAGUGAGUGGAGCGAAAACGAUAAAAUGAUGUGGUGCAAGACAAUUGGUGGUGUGGAUGGAGUGGAUGUAUGGCAGCAGGCUCUGUUUUUCAGAUUGAGAACGGAAAGAAUCACAACACAGGUCAUGUGAGCAUACUGCUCUUCAUAGCACGAACUGUGUACCAUCCAAGUUUGGGAAACCAUAAUACCGUUUCAUUGGUAUUUUCUUUCUGAAUAUCUGCGUGUUAUAUGAUGACGGACAAUUAUCGUCACUGUCACCCACAAGAGACAGCCAAAGAUAGCGGGUGUCGCCUUUGAUUUAAAAAGAGAUCUGUUGGAUGUUGUUUCAAUGUCAAUCAUUGUCUAUGUGCACUGUAAAAUGAACUAUGGCAAUAAUAAAAGGAAUAUAACUUUC